AUGUUGCAGCAGCAGCAGCCGCAGCCUCUGACGGCCAACGGGGCCUCCAACGGCCGGGGCCUCGCCAUGAGCGGCCACCCCGGCAUGGGGCCGCCGGGGCCGCACCACCGCUCCGCCGACGAGCCGGCGGCGGCGGCGGGCCUGGAGAACGGCGUCGAGAACGGACACGAAGCCCGCCGGGACAUCGGUGACAUCCUGCAGCAGAUCAUGACCAUCACCGACCAAAGUCUGGACGAGGCGCAGGCAAAGAAACACGCGCUCAACUGUCACAGAAUGAAGCCCGCCUUGUUCAGCGUGCUGUGUGAGAUUAAGGAAAAGACAGGCCUGUCCAUGAGGAACAACCAGGAGGAGGAGCCUCAGGACCCCCAACUGGUGCGUUUGGACAACAUGCUGCUGGCCGAAGGCGUGGCCGGGCCCGAGAAGGGCGGCGGGGCGGCGGCGGCCGUGUCGGCGGCCACCAGCUCAGGCGGCAUGUCACCCGACAGCUCUCUGGAGCACUCCGACUACAAGAGCAAGCUCAGCCAGAUACGUGGCAUCUAUCACACUGAGCUAGAGAAGUACGAGCAGGCUUGCACCGAGUUCACCACCCACGUGAUGAACUUGCUGCGGGAGCAGUCGCGUACGCGGCCCGUCACGCCGCGCGAGAUCGAGCGCAUGGUGGGCAUCAUCCACCGCAAGUUCAGCUCCAUCCAGACGCAGCUGAAGCAGAGCACCUGCGAAGCCGUCAUGAUCCUCAGGUCGCGCUUCCUGGACGCCAGGCGCAAGAGGCGCAACUUCAGCAAACAGGCCACCGAGGUGCUCAACGAGUACUUCUACUCGCACCUCUCCAACCCCUACCCCAGCGAAGAAGCCAAAGAAGAACUCGCCAAGCAGUGUGGGAUCACUGUCUCUCAGGUCUCCAACUGGUUCGGUAACAAGCGAAUCCGCUACAAGAAAAACAUUGGCAAGUUCCAGGAGGAGGCCAACCUGUACGCCAUGAAGAACGCCUUGGGGGCGCGGCAGGGCGACGACUCGCCGCACACACCCAACUCCACGGGUUCGGGCUCUUUCUCGGCCGACCUCUUCCUCCGAGUCCCGCCCGUCAACGGGGAGAGCGCUUACCAAAUGGGGGUGCAGGGCAACGGUAGCUGGCAGUCCCGGAGCUCGCCCCCGCCGGGCGGCUCGCCUCGCAGCGAUCAGUCGGACAACUCGGACUGA